AUGGAGAAAGAACCACCCCACAGGCAAGCGAAGCACCUCCCAGUUGCUACACAUAAACACGUUAAGGCAAAACGAAUCAUAGAAAAGGAAAAGAAGGGAACACAUCCCAAAUGGGUAACUAUUAAAAACAACUUCGGAGUCCUAUCCAGGUUAGACUCCCUUACACAUACCAAUAAUGCAAAUAUGAAGGCAGAUCAAGUAGACAAACAUUUCUUUAUUAAACCUAGGACAUUUUUCUGCAAUAUGCAUGGCCUGAAGUGUGCAUGUUUGGACAAAUGGAAUGGUAAUUUAGUUCAAAUGGAACUGUCAACGAAGAGCGGCUCCAGAAAAACCGAAGAGAACCAAAGCGACAUCACCAGUGGUGACCAAACUGAUAGGGGUGCUACAAAUAGGGGUGCCUGUAACAACUUCGCUUCCAAUGGAGGCAAUUUUAGAAGCCCUCUUUGUGAAAAAUCAAAAGAGGUGGGAAAAAAUCCGGUGAAAAGACACUCCUCCAGAGUGAAUGUCUUACAAAAGGACGGCUUCACAAAAAAGUACAUCCCCACCGGGGGAACCGCGGCAGAUAACGGCGUCACGAACGCGGAAAACACAGAGAAAAACCCCUUGUCCAUUUUUAAAACCGAAUCGGAUAAAAUUUUAGAACAUAUUAAAAAAUGGAAAAUGAAGAGAUCAACUCUUUCGAGAAGGCUUCACAUGCCUGACCAUGUGGUCAGUAGGGAGAUCCCUGCUCCAAGCGCGAAGGAAGUCACCCCCAAUUAUGCGAACUUCCUUAGGGACAAAAAAAGAGAAAGAAAAAAAACAGAUACGUGUGGAACUCUGUCAAAAAAAUUGGAAAGCUUCACCUUUGGUGAACGGGUCCAUUGCAACUAUGCAAAUGGUGAAAAAAAUGACACUCCAAAAAAUGAGGCACACAUUCAAGGCAAGGAAACUGAACGCGGAACAUCACAUGCAAUGGAAACCUUCUAUAAUAAUAACAAGGUAAAAAAGAGCUACUUAAAAAACGAAGGAAUUUGUUUCAGUCAAAAAGGAGGUUAUAAUCUCAACCAUGUUGAUGAGUUCCACAUUGUAAGUGGACUCACCAUGGAGCGAAAAUUUAAUCUCCCUGGAGGAAACUGCCCCAGGCAUAAAACUCCUUCUGAUCGCAGCAGUUGCAGCGUUGCUGACAGAUCCAUCCCUGCAAAUAUACCUAGUUCUGAAGGGUUAUACCAGAACGAGCAAAUUAACCAACGCAAGAAAAGAAAAAUUGACACCCAAACUAACACAAAUGCAUUAAUUAACAGAACGAACAACUGCAAAGAACUAUUGCGUCGUCUUCCUGCUUUACGUCUAAGGGACGGCUCAGAAAAUGAUGCCACUCAUUCGAGCCAAAUCAUUAGCAAUCCAGUGAACUGUUCCUACCUAUCCAAACGGCACAGCCAAGACAUAGCUUUUAAAAGUGAUUUAAAAUGGAAAAAUUAUAUUCUAACUAAGAAAAGUGCAGACAUAAAAGGCUCCACUGAGUCAGCAAAACAUAGCUAUGACAUUUAUGAAGGGGAGGGGCGAAAAGCGGACACUGAAGAGUUCGCAACUUCACCUGACAAUCUAAACAAUGCCAAAAAUGUUAUCAGAAUGGGCACUUCAGAAGAUGUUCCUCGUAGCGCUGCCAAAACGUUAGACUCAGAAGAACGCGGCAUUGCAAAGAAGAUCAUACAGAAUGAACAUAGAGAAUCACAAAAUGUAAAAAGUGGAGAUAAAAAAGCUCUAACCGAUCGGAAGGUGAAAUUCCAACUGGGAAAAAGGAACCCUCACUCACCCGACGAAGCUGCUAAGGCGACCCGAAGAAGCAAUAAAACAGGAUAUAAUGACAACUCUGCUAUUACUACAGAAGAAAAGAGGGGGAAAUAUAUAUCCAGGAAAUCCACAACUCAUAUGACCCACUUAGGGAAGACACCUGAAUCCAAUUUCGGAAAAAGACCCAAUCAUAAUACCACUCUAAGAAAUGAGAAACGUACCUUCGCUGAGGCCAACCCAACGAAAAGGGGAAUUCCCAACGGGUCAAACAACUUGCCGAAGACGAACAUGCUAACCCAUUCAAAUAGGACAAAGGAAUCAGGAGGGCUAAGACGAAUUAGUCAAAUGGCUAGCACAUGCAAAAAGACAGGUUUUAACAAUCACCAUAUCCAACCAAAAACGCGGGAAAGAAAAAACCAAAGUCAGAUGAACAAAGUGAAACCUAGAAUAAAUGACACAGCAGUCCAACCCUUUUGGGAUGAAAAGCAAAAAUUAGACGAAAGGAAACACGCACGCCAGCCACCAAGUAAGGCAAUUCAAAUGGACACCAAUAAAAACACAAAGGGGACUUUUAGCUACAAAUUUGAAAUAGCAUCAAUUUAUAGCCAACUUCGCACAAAUUUCAACUUGCAUGAAGGAAUGACAGAUGGGGACAGCUAUGCCUGUGAGCAGUCAAAAAAAAUUUCCCAUGAGAAACCUUCACCAUGUAGUAGCGGGAAGACAGAAUAUGCAAGCUCCGUUUCAUCACCUGGUCAAAAUUCUAGUGAUUUGAACAUCAUGGAAGAAGAAAAAAAGGAGACACACUCGCCCAAACGUCCAAAUUAUAAGAGCCAGGAAAGUCUGCUAUACGAACUGAUACACACAAAUGACAACAAAAGUAGAAUUAAACAAUUCAUUGAGCAAUCUGAGGAUCGACAAAACGCAUGCACAAAUUUGUGUAGCGAAGAUGCCCCUCAUAGGAAUGGAACAACUCAAGCGAACACUAACGCUGUCAAUGUGAACACAGCUUGGAUGAAUGCCCCUCGGGCGAAGAUUCACAAUCGAGCAGCAUCAGAUGACCAGCAAAACAAAUCUGAGAGAAGCACUUCAAAUGGUCAAAAAAGACACCCAAGAAAAAGCGACGAAACUUUGCUAUACGAAUUAAUCAACGCGAAUGAUAACAAACUGAAAAUUCUAAAUUUCCUGAACCGGUCCAGCAGACGAGAAAGCAGUCCCAGCCAAAGAAGCGGCUCGGAAGGGAAUUGCCCCAAACAGAAUGAGCACAAAAACGAUCGCCUAGGGGAAAAAUCCGUUAAAAUUAUGCCACACGUAUUGGAGGCGCCACCUUCAUUGUCCUCCCAUUCAGGCAGUACAAAGCCACCUGCGACGAAAUCUAUACUGCUAAAAUGGAAAUCCACUCGAGCAUGUAAAACCGUGGCAAACAAAGACGCCCCAAAGUACAAAAUUCCGAGCAAGUCCCACAAUAAAUAUGCAACCCAGAACAAAAUCAAGGCACUGACGACUAAAAUGCAAAGCUCGAAAGAAAUGAAGCAAAGGGCAAGCAUCAAAACAAGUGACAAAAUUAGAAAUGGACACAAAUUGAUGGCAAUUAAGAGAGGGGAGACAAAACUGUCUGAUAUGCAAAGCCGUGAUGCACCACGUCAGGUAAGCAGUAGGAACCUUCUCAGUAGGGGCACCGCCAAAGGAAAGGAUACCCAGAGGACGCAAAUUAUAACACCAAAAAGAGCAGAUAGGGACUAUUUAGCUUUCGCAAAAUUGAAAACUGGGACCACCAAACAUGACAUUCAGAGACAUCACAAAGGUAUAACUAUCAAACCAGUCCAUGUUAAAGACAAAAAUGAAAGCAGGAAAAAUAUUCAUUCUAGCACUUUCACAAUUAAGAAGCAAGUAGACAACGGACCAACCAAUCGAAGACAUGGAGAAGCCAUGUCCAAAGUACCUAGCCCUUCGCACGUGCAGAAGGGCCAAUCCAAAAUGGCGAACCACCAUAGAGGAGCUACCAACCAGGUAAAAAUAAAAAAAUGUCCCAUCACCCAACAAGCUAUCCCUAGUCCAACUGAGCAAAAAACGAAAGGGGAAGUUCCAGAAGAACAAAGAAACAGCAAACAAGUCGUAGAAAAAACACUUCAAAGCGAGGAAAGACAGAGUGUCCAAGACGGAACCUUAAAAGAGAACCAUACUAAGCAUAAAGUUUGCAUCACCACAGAUAGAGGCGAAAGAAAAAGAAAGUUACCCUCGGAUGCAGAAACAAACACAAGGGUUAAAGCAAGGAAGGUGAAAACCGUAAUGAUUCCCAAGAAAAUCAGCAUACAAAAGAUGGCCACAAAUUGGGGGGACAAAUUUGAGCAGAAUAGCCAAAGUGCCACUAAUGAAAAAGGGCAAAGAGUUAACUCUCCUUCUGACGUAAAAGUAGCGGCGACCAAAAAAACGACCCCCUCAGUGGUGAACCCACUUAAAAAGGUGAAUACAAAAUGUAUACAUCAUAUAUUACAAGAAAAGAAAAAGAGGAUACACUUCACCAAUCGAAAGGAAGAGGCCACAUUUUGUGCGUUUAACACAGACGUUCAACAAAAUUCCAGCAAUCAAGACGUCCAAAUGAGCUUCUCUCUUUACGUAAGCACACCCGGUGUGAACCCUUCAGUGGGACAACACCUCUUUAGCGCCUUCUCGAACAAAAGGUACAACCUGCUAGCUACUCUUCACCUGAACCGAGUCCUCCCCUUUGAUGAAUUAAAAAAGAAAAAACUGGAAAAAAAACAGAACAGGAUCUCACAUGAAGGGGGACACACCUAUCUCUCAUCUGCAGCAGAAGCACUCACAAAAAUGAGAACAAUGCUUACCAUUCAUUUCUACCAGAUGGAAUGGAUCAACUGUGUAAAAAAAUGGACCACUAUGACGGUCCAACAUUUAGAAAUCUGUCACUGGAGUGGUAAGAAGUCUAACCUGAUGGUAAUGCAUGGGCAAACAAUAUUCCUUAACAAGGUCGAGGAGGUCGGAGGAAUCAACCAAGUGAAACCACACCUAGCAAACGUAGACACUACUACAGACGAAAAAUGCAAAGAACCCUCAAAAUGGCUUCAAGCAGAAGUGCACUCGAAUCACUACGCUGCAGGGGGAAUAAAAGACGGAGACUUUAACAUUGGGAGCAGGAAAUGGGAAAAUAAAAGUCCCCACACUACUAUAUUCAAGACAGAUCCACGUGUAAAAUGUAUCAUAAAAAGAAUUAUCAUGUCAAGAAAAGAGGAGGAGGGAGAGAAAACAAAUCAGCCAAUCAUAUGGUCGCACUACCUAGCCGCAGAAGGAUCAAGAGAACUGACUUGCACACAAAGGAACAUACCAAACACAUCCAUCACUGCAGGUUCAGGAGAACCCGUCGGAGGUAGACACAUACGCACAUGGGAACAUGCCAUAGAAGGGAAAAACAUUACAUUCGAAGAAUCAAAAAGGAAGAUAAUAGCUCCAUCAAAAUUGAGUGUAAUGGAUUAUCGAAUUACAGCAUUGGAUAUGGGCAAUAAGGUUGCUUCAGAUAAUGUUCAAGCAAAGAAGAUGUGCACUAAUGUAGCCGAAGGAGGAAAUAAAUAUGUUCUGGCGAAAAAAGAAAAUUAUCAGCUGGGGGGUGUUAUUCCCGUGGUACAGAAAGACACCGACGUGAAAAUCACAACGCAGGGCGGAUUGACAAGUGUCGAUGAUAACAAAGGCAGAAUGACAUCAGCUUGUCUCACAAACAGGAACUUAGAAAAUCCGAAAAAAGAUCUAGUUACCAUCAAAAGGAUUACACGUGAAGGAUUCUCUGAAGGCAAAGGAACGCUAAUGAUUGAAGACCUAAAGAAGGGCUCUCAACAAAUGGAAAAUGGGACCCUGGUUCAACUACCACACACAAAGGAUAACAUAAUCAGGAACCAAACGACAAAACCACCAAACGGAGACAUCGAAAAAGAGAUAUUCAUAAUCAAACAACUAAUAAAGGAAAUUCUCACAGAAAUGAAAAACGGACUUGUAAAACAAGCAGAACCGAAGAAAUCAAAAAAUCCCAAGAGGGAAAAAUCGCGCCUUAAAGAAGAUAACAGGAAUGCUGGCAUAAAAAAUUUCAAUAAAAGGGGUUCAAAACGGAAAAAGGGAAAAGACUCCUCCAUUGAAAAGGUAAAAGAGAGAGACAUAAAUGUAACUACCUUACUUACCAAAAUGAAACGUUCCAGUUUGAAAAUGGAAAGUGUAAUCAAUGCGCUGGAAAACGAUUCUAUAAUGGGGAUAUCAAUCGAGGAAAGCGUGGAAGCCUCUACUCGCGAAGUUACAGAUGUGUCCGAUGUAAGCGGUGACAGUGAAGUCCUGGUGGCAGCUGAGUUAAGUGGCGCUGAUGACGCCAUGAUGCUGCAACGUGUACCUUGCCGAAACGAUAUUAUUGUGGGGCAGACUAUUAAUAACACAGGCGUCCCUACGAUGGUGGAGGAUGUAUGCAGCCAAGACAAUGUUAUGCUAAUGGAAAGUGCAAGUGGGCACAUUGACGUGGUGGGGAUAGGAGACGCAAGUAGGAAAAAUUACCCCCUAAUGAUGGAAAACGUAGUCAGCGAAGAUGCCCCCAUAAUGAUGGAGGACAUAGGCAUCGAAAAUGCCCUCAUGAUAGUGGAGGACGCCAGUAGAGAAAUUCUCCCCAAGAUAGUAAAUACACCUAGUCAAACUUCCCCCCCUCCUGUGCACCAUCAACAGCGAGAAAUCCAAGUGUCAGACUCCGUCAAUGACCUUGUCAGCGAAUUGGAAGACUAUGAACCAAGCAGCGAAAACAAAAAGGAUGAUGUACCUUGUAGGGACGCAAAAAAGGAAGAAAUACGACAAGAAAUUAAAAAGUUAAUUGAAAUGGUAAAAGAACUGAAACGAGAAUAUACGAAAGAAAUGCAAAAAGAUUGUUCCCAAAAUGUCAUGGAGAGGGAAAAAUUGAUGAUAACAUAUUUGGAUGAAACGAAGGGGAGGGCACAAAUAAUAGACGUCCCCUUUCCUGAGGAUGGGGCUAUUUUAGAGGACUCACCAACGGCCAUUUUAACACUUCAAAUGAAGGGGGAAAAAACAGAAGAAGAAUGUCAAAAUAAGAUGAUAAAAGAUCACGAAGGGGAACAGUCUUACCAAUCGGAUAUUAACAAAAUAGCAACCACACUGCCCGAACAAAUUAACCUAAAACGAAAGUUAGAAAGUUGCGACGAUUUGGACAAUGCCAAGGGGGAUAAUGCCACGACACACUCUUCAAGGCCAACAUUUACCAAAAAAAAAAACAGAUUCAACGAAAGGGUUAAACUAAGACUAAUGAUGCGCCAGAGCCUUAAAAUGGGAAAUUCGAACGAGGCAAAAAUGAGGGAAAGGAAAGAAAAACAGAAACUGAAGAGAAUUAUAAAAGAUAUUUUAAACGCGGAAACGAUUAGGAGAUUUCUUAACGAUCAAACCGCUGAAAAUGAUCUAGAGGAGGAAUCAAGAAAAAGGACCUCGCCUUAUUUGAGAACAGAAGCAGAGUAUGUGAACGCCCGUGGUGAAGCGGACGCUAGUGCUAAGUCAGCUGCACAUGAAAAAGCCAUCACACGUGCAGAGGCCGCUACACGUGCGAAAAAGGCUACGUAUGCCCACUGGCCCACAAAAAGUGUAAAUCCCUUAGGUGCUAAACCACCCUCGCCAAGUGGUCAAAUAUCCCAACUCGGCGAAGACAUUUGUGACAAAAUCGACCCCCUCACCCUAAACGAUGUCUGCGGCGAGAGGCCCGCCCAAGGGAAAGAAACCACAAAGGGAGAAAAACAAAAUGAGAAUUCCAGCGAAAAAUCAGAAAGGAACGAAAAAAUAAAGAAACUUAUGAGCAGAAAAAGGGUGACAUUAAACGAAAAUUUAGCAAGGAAGAGAGCAUUUUCGAAUGCACAGAAAAAGGCGAACACGGAAAACAUUACCGAUGAUUUCUUCUGUUAA